AUGUACUCGCGUAAAAAUGUUGGUCCAUCGAAAGAAAUAUCGUACCGUCCACCCUCUCAGUCUACAUCUCUGGAAGUAAAUGACGGCUAUACGGAACAACAACAAUUGCAGUACACUAAAUAUUUAAGACAGCUAAAGAAUGAAUUUGAACAGCGUUGGUGUAAAAAUCCUACGUUCGAUAUUGUUUUUUCAGAACUAGAACGCGUGCGAACUCUAGGUACGGGAGCUUUUGGCAGAGUAAUACUGUUAAGACAUACAAAAAGUUACAAACAUUACGCAAUGAAGGUACUGGAAAAAGAAAAGGUAAUAAAAAUGAAGCAAGUGGAUCACACGUUGUAUGAGAAACGUAUUCUGGAAGCCAUAAAAUUUCCCUUUACAGUAUCUAUGGAAUUUAGUUUCAAGGAUAAUAGCUAUAUUUACUUUAUAAUGCCCUUUGUACCAGGCGGAGAAAUGUUCACUCACCUCCGAAGAAUGGGUAAAUUCGAAGAGCCUUUAGCAAAAUUUUACGCUAGUCAAGUAGUUUUAGCAUUAGAAUACCUACACUUCUGCAAUUUAGUGUACAGGGAUUUGAAACCUGAAAAUAUAUUGAUCGAUAAAACUGGUUACUUAAAAAUCACAGAUUUUGGUUUUUGCAAAAUACUACAAGGUAGAACGUGGACUUUAUGUGGAACUCCUGAAUAUCUUGCUCCGGAGCUAAUUUUAAGCAAAGGAUAUGGGUUUUCUGUCGAUUGGUGGUCAUUUGGUGUCUUGCUAUUUGAAAUGAAUGCAGGAUAUCCUCCAUUUUAUGCAACUGAUCCCAUGAAAACAUACGAAAAAAUUGUCGGCGCAAAAUACAGAUGUCCUUCUAGUUUCAAUGCCGAUUUGAGAGAUCUCGUGAGAAAUGUACUUCAGGCGGAUAUUACUAAAAGAUUUGGCGUUAUGAAAAAUGGAGUGAUGGAUUAUAAGAACCACAGAUGGUUCAGAGGGAUUGAGUGGGAAGCUCUUCUUAACUGUCGGAUUCCUCCGCCAUUUAUUCCGAAAUAUAGAUCUCCGGGUGACACGAGUAAUUUUGAACGUUACGAUGAAGAGACAAUAAUGCCUGCUUCUUAUUGCCGCUUCGAAUCUGAAUUUAUAGACUUCUAAUAAAGAUUUACUACGGUAAUAAGAUGGUAUGAUAUAUAUAUGACACGAAAGUGGUGUAAAUUAAGAUAUAUUUGGAAUAAUGUAUGAGAGAGGUUCAUGUUGAAAAAAAAAAGUU